UGCUUCCUUCUCACAGAGAGAAUGCUGGUGGUGAUCAGAUCAAGGAGAAUCUGAUUCAGCUGAGUUGUCACUUCACAUGGGGGCUGCUGUUUGAAGACAUUGACAUACCUGAUUUGGAAAUGAGGAUCUCAGAUGAGGUUGCGUUCCUAGACAUCAAGGACACAUUAGGAAUGUUCAACCUCUGGGCCUAUGUGAGACACCUGAAAGGCCAGCAUGAGGAAGCCCUGCACAGUUUGAAAGAAGCAGAAGCCUUGAUCCAGAGAGAGCAGUUGGGCAAGAGAAGCUUGGUGACCUGGGGCAACUGUGCCUGGGUGCAUUACCACAUGGGCAGCCUGGCAGAAGCCCAGGCCUACCUGGACAAAGUGGAGAACACAUGCAAGGAAUUGAGCAGUCCCUUCCGCUAUAGUAUAGAGUGUGCUGAGAUGGACUGUGAGCAAGGCUGGGCCUUGCUGAAGUGUGGAAGACAGAAUUAUAAACGAGCCAUGGCCUGCUUUGCAAAGGCUCUGGAAGUGAAGCCUGAAAACCCUGAAUACAACAUUGGCUAUGCUAUUAUAGCCUAUCGCCAAGACUGUGAUGACAAUAAUAUCUCUCUAGAACCCCUAAGGAAGGCUGUCAGGUUAAAUCCAGAAGAUCCAUUUAUUAAAGUUUAUCUUGCGCUGAAGCUUCAGGUCUUAGGAGAAGCAGCUGAAGCAGAAACACACAUUGAAGAAGCCCUCAGUAGCACAUCCUGCCAACACUAUGUCUUUCUUCAUGCAGCCAAGUAUUACCGAAGGAAAGGCUGCAUAGAAAAGGCUUUCCCUCUGCUACACAGGGCCUUGCAGGUGUCACCUGCCUCUGGCUACCUGCAUUACCAACUAGGGCUCUGCUACAAGCAACAAAUGGUUCCAUUGCUGGCAUCUAGAAACAAGCAGCCCAGAAGUCAGAGUGAUGUGCAGGAAUUGGCACAACAGGCCAUUUGUGAAUUUCAAGAGACUGUGCAACUCAGGCCCACAUUUGAGAUGGCUUAUGUUUGCAUGGCAGAAGUUCAGGCAGAAAUCGGCCAACAUGAGGAAGCAGAGGCAAAUUUCCAGAAGGCGCUGAACAUGAAGAAUCUUGAGCAGAUAAUAGAGCAGGAUAUUCAUUUCUGCUAUGGCCGUUACCAACAAUUUCAUCAGAAAUCAGAAGACAGGGCGAUCACCCACUACUUAAAAGGUUUGAAAAUAGAAGAAAAGACCUUUGUCUGGAGGAAACUACUCACAGCUUUGGAGAAAGUGGCCACAAGACGUGUUCACCAGAAUGUUCAACUGAAGGAGAGCAUGAGCUUGCUCGGGUUAGUCCACAAACUGAACGGGGACAUGGAGGAGGCCCUGCAGUUCUAUGAGAGGGCUCUAAGGCUCACUGGGGGAGUGAACCCUGAGUUCUGAAUGCAGCUCACCUCUGUGAAGUGAAUGUACUUGUAACUGAGGG